GCAUGCUGCUGUUUCCUUGUGUGUGUCCAAUUUGUCAGCAAGGUCAGGGAGAGAGCUGCAUGGAAAUUGUUUGCUCAUGAGAAAGGAAGUAGGGUAAAUCUCAAGCUUUGUUUACUGUCCAAUCAAACAAGUGGUGGUAUGCAGGAAGUGAGUUACCAGUCAAAGAGACAACUUCUUGUUUUUUUCACAAAUGCAACAACUGCACAUUCUGGAUCAAAACUGCUUUAAAAUACAGUUGGCAAUAAAACCAGUGAAUAAAAAUUGCAAAAAUACAGAAAAGGAAGUCAGAACUGAAGACGUUUUUAAGAGUAGAGUUUUUAUUACAGCUUGUUCCGACUACUAAUAGCUCUUAAACAAGGUCCGGUGUGCUAUCAACGAACAGACACUAAGGAAACGACUUAUGAACUAUAUUUAGAAAGCAUAGUUUCUAAUUAGCUAAAUACACAGCCUUAUUAAAAUAUUCACAAAUUUGUCUUUACUAGUGUCCUUUUGCCAAGAGCAAAAGUUGGAAGUAGGUUCUCUGGUUUGAUGAUUCGGACUGAAAGUAUGUUAGACUGGCGUAGUCAAAGUCUAGUCAUAAAUCCAUUUAAGAAUCUGUGGCAAAAUUUAAAAACGAAAGUAGGAAGAUCAGUUUGAGUUAAAGCAAGCUGUCACUGAUGAAUCAACCCUGAUUUUCUGUCAUUUUUAAACUGAAACUGAUCUUAUCUGGUCUGAAAAUUUGCUACUGUCCCAUUUUUUUCUGCUGAGAUCAAGGGAAACAUUUCAGAUAAAAAAAAAAGAAAUCGAGAUUGGUAGGUCAGGCUUUUAAAGAUCGGUGAUCAGCCAGAAAACUGCAAUCGGUUCACCCAAACAACAUCUGUAGGGAAAAGUUCAGCCCUCUUUCAAAACAAACCAUAAUUUGACCCCAUUUUACGGCCUGAUAAUGAUUUAUACUGCCAUUUCCACUUUUCUCUACAUUCUAGUUAGUUUAUUGGAACCAAAGGUCCAAUCAGACAUCGACCGUUGUACUGUGUGAAACUCAUAAAUGUCAAAACGACGCAGAUCGUUAAGUAAGAAGCUGUUCAGUUACGCAAUUCAUUGUGGCCAGAGUCCAGCCAUCUUUAUUCACAGGAACUUAUGAAGUAAACACGAGAUUAAACAUAAUCAAAACCGGACCAUGGAUGUGCAUCGCCUUGACCACAGCGACAUGCUACAGCCACGAGCUUAUUUUGCUUUGGAGCCCUCUCCUUACUCCCAUCCCGGCUCUCAGAGCCUCUCCAAAGUCCUUAGUGCCGAUCGAGUUGAGCAGAUGACCAAAACCUACAAUGACAUCGAAGUCGUCACCCAUCUUUUGGCUGAGCGAGACAGAGAUCUGGAGCUUGCGGCUCGGAUUGGUCAGUCCCUUCUGCAGAGAAAUCACCUGCUGCAGGAACGAAACGACGUUGUGGAGGAGCAGCUGGCACAAGCAGUGGACCAGGUUCACCAGCUGCAGCAUGAGCUAAACAAGAAGGAUGAACUGCUCCGGAUUGUGGCCAGCGCCUCGGAGGAGGGGGAGCAAGACGCUGCCAUGUCGACCCCGCAGCAGCAGCCACAGCUGCUGGGGGGGGCCGCUGCCGCGCUCAGCCAGCUGGAGCAGCUGCAGAACAAGCUGCAGGAGGUGGAGGAGGAGAACCAGGCACUGAGGUCUGAGGCAAGUCAGCUGAAGAAAGACACCAUGACGUACGAAGAGAAGGAGCAGCAGCUGGUCAGCGACUGCGUCAAAGAACUACGCGAGUCCAACAGUCAGAUGGUGUGUCUAACGGACGAACUGUCCCAGAAGAACGAAGAGCUGCUCAGACACCAGGAGGAAAUCGCUCAGCUGCUUUCUCAGAUUGUAGAGCUGCAACACAGAGUGAAGGAGCUGGCUCUGGAGAAAGAAGAGCUAAGGAUCCACCUCCAGGCCUCCAAAGAUGCUCAGAGACAGCUAACAGCAGAGCUGAAUGAGCUGGCAGAGAGGAACGCAGAGUGUGUGGAAAUGCUCCAUGAGUCGCAGGACGAGAUCAGAGAGCUGCGCAGUAGAAGCAGUCCCUCCUCCGGGAUGCGACGACAUCUUUCAUACGGCCUCUACCCCAUGGAAUCGUUGGCAGCAGAGAUCGAGGGUUCAAUGAGGAGAGAGCUGAGUAUCGAUGAGGAAACCGCCUUUCAAGACCAAAGAAUUUCUCAAAAGAGAGUCUUCCAAACAGUCCGCUCGGUCAACGCCUCAGCGUCUCGCGCUGCUUUGGCCACCCCGCCUAUCCCCGGUUCUGGACAGAGUUCUCUAGUAAUGACUGCCCAACCUUUCCAGUCAGCACAAGAGGACGAGGUACGAAUGGGAAAGCCAGGACUACCAGGAGGAAAUGACCUCACCAAAGCUCUCCAUCGACUCUCUUUAAGGCGGCAAAACUUCCUGUCUGAGCAUCAGUUCUUCCAGGCGGAGCGUGAGAAGAAGCUGCAGAAUCAGACCGGGGCAGAAGCCGGCGUAGAGGGCAGCAGCUGCAGCUCCCCGAUGGGCAGCGUGCUCUCCUCCUUUUCCAACCUCUCCGAUCUCACAGUCGGCUCCACUGUUUUCAAAACCUUCCUGCCGGAGAAGCUUCAAAUCGUCAAACCAAUGGAAGGCUCCCUGACUCUUCAUCACUGGCAGCAGCUUGCCCAGCCUCACCUGGCCACCAUCUUAGAUCCACACCCUGGGGUUGUGACGAAGGGUUUCCGACCUCUGGCUCAGGAUGCCAUGUUCCGGCUGUCAGACAUGGAGGAAGACGAAGAGGCUGAGAAGCACAGAGAGAUUGCUGCCCUUGAGAAAGGAACAGCUGAAAAGGGUAAAGAGGAGCUGGAUGAGGAAGAGGAGGAAUGCGGGAUAACCUUUAACGUACGCUGUUCAUCUACACCCGAGGACAGAAACCGUUCUGUUGCACCUUGCACCAAUGCGCCUCCCUCCUCGAUCCGAUCAACAUCACCUGGAGCGUCUUCCACUUCCUCCUUUGUCCCUUCGGACCUCUGUUUGAAAUCCAAUCACGUCACAGAGAAAUCCAACCAAUUGGCUCUUCCCAUUCCAGGAGCUUCUGCAACAGCUGUCCAAUCACAAAGUAGAGUUUCCACCUCAACAACUUCUUCUUGUGUCCAAAACCCAGGAAAGAGUCAGAGCUCCACCUUCUCUACCUACACCUUCACAACCUGUCGUAUUCUCCACCCUACUGACAUCACGCAGGUCACACCAAGCUCUCAGUCGUCCCUUUCGGCCAACACGCCCAGCUCCAUGAGAACGGGUCCCAGUACUCCGGUAACUCCCUGCAGGCUGAGUUUGGGUGACUCCUUCCCGCCUCGACGCCCUCCAGCUCCCCCCUGCGGCCUGGCCAAACUGGUCCUAGAGAGAGGUAUUUCUGCACAAGUUUCCACUGAUGUACCCUCUCCAUUGCCCAGAUCUGCUCCACGGCAACCCCUGUUGCGAAUCAUGCCAAGCACACCGCCCAACUCCCCCUCCCACUCUCCCACUCCCUCGCUCGUGCCUACGGAGCCUCGCCAACAUCCGUCUGACAAUUUUCUAGCCUCGCGGCCUGCAGAGCUUUUUCUCCAAGAUGUGUACGGGUUGAACCUGGGCCGAGCCCCACAUCCUGACCUGCCCAGCCCUUCCCAGGAAACUCCCAGCCUCUCCUCUUGUUCUAAGCCAGGCAGAAACAAGGCCAAUCUAGUCAGUGUUAGUCUGGUAGAAAGACUUUGUCGUUUGGGGUUCACUAAGGUGCUGCACAGUUCAGAGUCUGACACGCCAGUGCCGCACCAAGAGUCCGCCACGUUUGUGUCGGCAGGUGGUGGAAGCCUGAUGGACGGCCUGCGGCGCAAUCAGAGUCUCCCAGCGAUGAUUGGCGCCAGAGCAGGUAGUAAGUCAACCGGACAUCCUCCUCAUCCAACCUCCCUGGCUAUCCCCCCACCACUAUGGGGAAACCUUAAAGAACGACGCCGGCAUCUUGCCUCCAUCUCGCACCCUCCAAGAAGUUCAAAACACUAAAGGAAGGAGCCACAAAUCGCUAACACCUCCACUUAAACUCUUUCCUUUCUGCCUUUUGGAGAGAGGUGUCAGGGAAUCAGCAGGAAGAACAGUCCCUCCUUUUCAUGACUUCAGUUAAAAGCACAAUUGAACUCAACUGUUUUUAGUAAUGCUGAGUUUUCUAAAUGUACCCAUCCGACAUGACGCUUGGCCUUAGCUUGACUCUUGUGUAGGGUUUGCAUUUCAGUAGUUCUCGUGAGACUCUGGAUGUUCAGGUGCAACUGGAAGCAGGAUUCUUUCCUAGUCAGGAAAAGGUCAGGAAUUUGAUCUCGGCAUCUUCCCAGGUCAGGAUAAUUUGAGGAAAAGAACAGUUUGGAAACUUUUUUUUUUGCAGACCAGACUUUAUUCCCAAUCCUAAUAUCUAAAGGUUCUUUCUCCUUUUUACUGAAUGCUUCCUUUUCAUUUCCUCCUUUCUGCAUAAUUAUUUUUUUAUUUCUGUAUCCUUUUUCCCUCCUUGUAUCUGUAGCCUCCUUUUUUCCUGUCUUCCCCAUAUUCUGCAUUCCUUUUGUGUGUCUUCUGAAUGUAUUUCUCUUUCUUGAUUUUUUCCAGCUUUCAUAGAAGUAUUUUCUGUAAAUCAGUGGUGAACAUUAGUGUGUUUAUGUUUUAAAAUUAAGGUAAACUUUCGAAAGUUGAGCCUAGAAACGUACGAAACUUUUCCAGUAAAGUCGCAGGAAUCCUGUGGGGGAGGAGGUAAAGUAAACUUGUAAGUGUCUGAGGGUUUGUGGAAGUCGAUAAGAAAGAACAAGGAAAAUGUUGUGAAAGAAAGAACGUUUGUUUUGUUGGAUAAUGAGGGAAAGUGGUGACUGAUUGAACAACUGAGCAUCCAGAGUCUUGCUGUUCCAAGGGCUUGUACUCUAAUCAGCAAGAAAAACUGUAAAACAAUGUCAUCCCAGUCUAUAACCCCGUAAAUGGUGAUUAUGUCCGCUUCUAGAAAGACGAGCCUCUGGUGUCGGUGGAGGAGCGAUCCUACUUGCUUUUAUUACUUAGGCGCUAGCUAGAAGACUUAAAGCAUAGCAUGAAACUGCCAGGCUAAUCCUGUAGUCCAGCUAUGCCUGUAAACAUACCAGUCAUGGGUUUAUUUUUACUGUUAAUAUACCUUAACUUUUCCGUCCGUGUGGUGUGGCAAAAGCAUCUGCAUGAAAAGCAACAUUGCCUACAUGUCCCAGCAUGCAUCUGUCAGCAGGCAGGUGGGGAAAGGUUAAAGCAAGGCUAAAACCAAAAUAGACAAAAUUUUAAAAAUAGGGAAGGAGUAAUGGGUUGUGGGAGGGAUCUGUUUUCCUUCAAGUUUUUGUGUUUUGUGUGUUUUUAUGAAUAUGAGGCCUUAAAUAGAGGCAAGCACUGUUUUCAAUAAAGUUUGUUGCUAUGUUUUAGUUGCACUUAGUCGGUUCUGGGGAUCAUUGCUGAAAUAAACUGAACAUAUUUGAUUUUUUUGAAGCAGAAGUCAGCUUCAGACUAAAGGGAAAGGGAAAAUUCAGUACCAACAUUGGCCAGCAGGUGGGAGCAUUUCCCACCUAGAAAGUACUUGAAAUCAGCCAUGUUUCUAAAAUGCCUAAACAUGAACGUGUAUCUGCUCUUAUGUUCUAUAGUUAACCUUUACUGACAUCUGUAUUUAAAUCCUGACAUUAAUGAAAACAUGUUAUGUGUCUGGUAACAAUAUAAGCUAAUAAUUUAACUAAUGUUGCAUUUUUUUCCACAUAGAGGGAAUCCAUGUUAACUUGAAAAAACUUUAUUUUUGUUAAAAAUAAAUAUUUCAGGCUUGUAUAUGUUUAAGUAAGCAUUGUGAAAAGGAAAAAAUGACCUAUGAUGAAGGCAUAAUUAGUAUUUUCAUCUUUUCCUUGUAAAAUUUAAAGUUCAGCUUUGUGGCUUUUGAUGGAUUAAAUAUCUAAAAUGAAAACAAAGCUUCCUGGUGUUUCCCAGCUGUAAUCAGGAUAAUAUGUUGUUGCCUCUUUUGUAAAAUAAAGCUACUGAAAUUAAAA